GGGCUGCUGUGCUGGCCGACGGCAGGAUCCGGCGAGUGGGUCACCCUCCCCUGCCCUGAUUUCUUCUCUCACUUCAGCUCAGAGUCAGUCAAUCCUGACCUCUGCUUCCUGAGCUGUGAACUGGGGAGAACGAAAGCAUUAACUGCGCAAGAAAGGAUUAGAGUGCGGAACCUGUAAGUGCUGGACCUGGGUGCCCUCCAGUGUUAGCAGGAGGCUGGCUGCAAGGGUGGAGGAGGGCAGGCCUGCCUGUCUGCCAAGACACCACUAACUGCCCAGGAUGGAGAGGGUGGGGCACCCCGCUGCUCUGCUUUACCUCCCUGGCCUGGGUGCCUGGACUGCGAGGGCCUCUUUUCUCCCCUGCUGCCUUUAGGAGGCUGGCAGCCCAGCUCACCACUCCCCACCCCUCAGGGGAGUAAUCCUCUCUGUGCAGAGAUGGCGCCCGGGAAGCCAGAGAUGGAAGGCCCCAUAGUGUGUCCCUGGGUAGGCUACACCUGGGCUCCAGGCCUCUGGAGCUGCCCUCUCUGUUGCUGAGAGGAACUGUCCAUGCAAACCCUGCCAGGGUCACUUGAUGGUCCAUGGCACCCCCAGCCCCCUCCUGGGGAGAGGGAAGGGGUUGUGGCUAGAGAGUCUUGCUUGCCUCCCAGGGGCUGUGAAGCGGGACUGUACCAUCACUGGCUGGUCUGAGCCCUUUCCACCUUACCCUGUGGCCUGCCCUGUGCCUCUGGAGCUGCUGGCUGAGGAGGAAUCUUACUUCUCCACAGUGAAGAUUAUCUACACCAUGGGCCAUAGCAUCUCUAUUGUAGCCCUCUUCGUGGCCAUCACCAUCCUGGUUGCUCUCAGGAGGCUCCACUGCCCCCGGAACUACGUCCACACCCAGCUGUUCGCCACUUUUAUCCUCAAGGCGGGUGCUGUGUUCCUGAAGGAUGCUGCCCUUUUCCACAGCGACGACACUGACUACUGCAGCUUCUCUACUGUUCUAUGCAAGGUCUCUGUGGCCGCCUCUCAUUUCGCCACCAUGACCAACUUCAGCUGGCUGUUGGCAGAAGCUGUCUACCUGACCUGCCUCCUGGCCUCCACCUCCCCCAGCUCAAGGAGAGCCUUCUGGUGGCUGGUUCUCGCUGGCUGGGGUCUGCCCGUGCUCUUCACUGGCACGUGGGUGGGCUGCAAACUGGCCUUCGAGGAUGUUGCGUGCUGGGACCUGGACAACAGCUCCCCCUACUGGUGGAUCAUCAAAGGGCCCAUCGUUCUCUCAGUCGGGGUGAACUUUGGGCUUUUUCUCAAUAUUAUCCGCAUCCUGGUGAGGAAACUGGAGCCAGCUCAGGGCAGCCUCCAUACCCAGUCUCAGUAUUGGCGUCUCUCCAAGUCGACACUUUUCUUGAUCCCACUCUUUGGAAUUCACUACAUCAUCUUCAACUUCCUGCCAGACAAUGCUGGCCUGGGCAUCCGCCUCCCCCUGGAGCUGGGACUGGGUUCCUUCCAGGGCUUCAUCGUGGCCAUCCUCUACUGCUUCCUCAACCAAGAGGUGAGGACUGAGAUCUCACGGAAGUGGCAUGGCCAUGACCCUGAGCUUCUGCCAGCCUGGAGGACCCGUGCUAAGUGGACCACGCCUUCCCGCUCGGCGGCAAAGGUGCUGACAUCUAUGUGCUAAGCUGCCUCAUCAUGCCACUGGAGUCCACACUUGAACUUGGGCAGCUACCAUGGGUCUGCCAUGCUCUGGCAGAGCAAGGGGGCCAUAUCCCCACCCCAGCUGUUACCCAGCCUGGGGUAGGGGCGGCCCUUCCUCCCUGUCUCUGCAUCUGACUCUCUUUUGAGGUUCCUGUAUGUUUACUUCUGACUUCUGUGGUCCCUCUGUGUCUGUUCUCAUCCAUUCCUUUUCCUGGGGCCUGGGGCUCUAGCCCAAGCCUCAGAGGAGCCAAUAAACCUGUAAAUGAAUAGA